CAAGUCGUUAUCGAUACGGCGACGGCGACGACUGCGACGACGGUGACCAUCGAAGAGUCGUGUCCCGACGACAAUAAUACUGUAAUAAUAUCGUAUUAAGUCCCGACAUUUAUAUCAAAUCUCGACAUCAAUCCCGUCACCGGCACGCAGAUCUCGUCCGAAACCGUACCGAGGGUGAUCUAAGUGUAGUCAUCGAUUCCGGCCGGCGUUCACCGAGCAGCAGCAGAAAUGGCCACGAAAACCUUAAUGUUACCCACGCCGGAAAAGUUGAAGGAGAUUUACCAGGACCUGGGCAUAACCGAGGAGAAGCUCGACGCAGACGUGCAGACCAUCGUGGAAUGGAUGCGUAAACAGCCCCAUCUCCCCAACCCUGACGGCGAUGAACGAAGAAUUCGUUUAUUUUUAAUUCUUUGCAAAAACAGUAUGGAGAGGACCAAAGAGUCUUUGGAUCAAUAUUACACAUUAAAGUCAAUGGUUCCAGAAUUCUUCGGUGACAGAGAUCCUACUGCACCCGCACUCUUGCGAUCGAUGAAAACAUCGCUUUUUAUUCCUUUACCGAAAUUGACACCAGAAGGCUACAGAGUCUCUCUCAGCCGUAUCAGAAACCAAGAAGUGGAUAAUUUCGAAUUCGCAGACUACGUAAAGGUAAACUUUAUGUCUAUCGACAUCAGGCUUUCCAAAUUGGAUAUGUUCAAAAAGGAAAUAUUCAUCUUCGACUUGAAAGACAUCACCAUGGCUCAUCUGACCUCUAUGUUACCGCAUAUGAAGAAGUUCGUUUACUGCGCAACAACGGCCUAUCCGUUGCGAAUUCAAGAAAUUCACAUUAUCAACAUGCCCAGCUACGCUCAAACGAUGGUCAACAUGGUGCUGGGUGUUUUGAAAAAGAAAAUCGCCAACAGGAUUAAAAUCCACAGCAGUCUUGAAGACAUGAAGAAGCACAUCACACCCGACAUUCUGCCUUUGGACUACGCUGGUACUUUCCCGAAAACUAGCGAAGAACUUAUCGUUGAUUGGCAAGAAGAAUUGAUAAAACACAGGGACUGGUACCUGUCUCAAAAUGCGGUCAAUUGUGAUGAGAACAGAAGGACAAAGAAACCCUGCGUUAAGGUGAACAUGCUGGCUGGAGUUGAAGGCUCAUUUAGAAAACUCGAAGUCGACUAAUAUUUUUGUGUUUAAUUUUUAGAAAUAGUGUUUUUUUUUUUUUUGUGAAUUGAUUUAUUUUUCGUUUUAUAAGUUUAUCCGAUACAGACUCUAUAGGUUUUGUACAGUGUUUAGUUUUUUUUCGGUGUAUUAAUAAGAUACGUUUUUAUGUAACCUAUAUGCUUAGAAGUAUAAGUCAAUCCUUCAUUAUUUUUUAA